GGGCACUUUAUUCCGCCAGCUAACUCUGGUAUGCUGCUGCAGUGUCUAACCUUUAAUGGUAAGAUUCCAAGGGAAGGAGCAACAUCGUGUGUUUCUUCCUAUCCAUCAGAACGCUUCCACCGCUCCAAGGAGACAGCGUGCAGAGUUCCUGGAUAGCUUGCCUUGUGAGGAGCUGGCGAUAGUCUAAUUCCACCUCUAGGUUUUUUGUGGCACAUCGAGAAUCAUGAACAGCUUUAAUAAGGAAGAGUUUGAGUGCCAUAUCCUCGAUGAAGGCUUUACUGCCAAGGACAUCCUGGACCAAAAAAUUAAUGAAGUUUCUUCCUCAGACGAUAAGGAUGCUUUUUAUGUCGCGGACCUUGGGGACAUUCUGAAGAAACACCUAAGAUGGCGAAAAGCCCUUCCCAGAGUCACUCCCUUUUAUGCUGUCAAAAGUAACGACAGCAGAGCCAUAGUGAACACCCUCGCCGCCAUUGGGACGGGUUUUGACUGUGCAAGCAAGACUGAAAUACAGUUGGUGCAGGGGCUUGGGGUGCCUCCCGAGAGGAUCAUCUAUGCGAAUCCUUGUAAACAAGUGUCUCAAAUCAAGUAUGCUGCCAGUAAUGGGGUCCAGAUGAUGACUUUUGACAGUGAGAUUGAGUUGAUGAAAGUGGCCAGAGCACAUCCAAAGGCAAAGUUGGUUUUGCGGAUUGCCACUGAUGAUUCCAAAGCAGUUUGUCGCCUCAGUGUCAAGUUUGGUGCCACACUCAAAACCAGCAGGCUUCUCUUGGAACGGGCAAAAGAGCUAAAUAUUGAUGUCAUUGGUGUCAGCUUCCAUGUGGGGAGUGGAUGUACUGAUCCUGAGACCUUCGUGCAGGCCCUGUCUGAUGCCCGCUGUGUCUUUGACAUGGGAACAGAAGUUGGUUUCAACAUGUAUCUGCUUGAUAUUGGUGGUGGCUUUCCUGGAUCUGAGGAUACAAAGCUUAAAUUUGAAGAGAUCACCAGUGUGAUCAACCCGGCUCUGGACAAGUACUUCCCACCAGACUCCGGAGUGAGAGUCAUAGCUGAGCCGGGCAGAUACUAUGUCGCGUCAGCUUUCACACUGGCAAACAUGGGUGCAUACACCGUUGCUGCUGCGUCUACUUUCAAUGGGUUCCAGAGGCCUUCCAUCUACUACGUGAUGUCGAGGUCAUUGUGGCAACUCAUGAAGCAGAUCCAGAGCCAUGGCUUCCCACCAGAAGUGGAGGAGCAGGAUGUGGGCACGCUGCUGCCCUUGUCGUGUGCCCAGGAGAGCGGGAUGGACCGGCACCCAGCAGCCUGUGCUUCUGCUAGUAUCAAUGUGUAGCUCUCACUGCAAGUUUAGCUUGAACUAAGGGAUUUGGGGGACCAUUUAACUUAAUUACUGCUAGUUUUGAGGUCUUUGUAAGAGUAGAGGUUGCAACAGAUGCAGAAUGGAAGGCUAGGAGAUGGGUCACACUUCCCUGUGUUCCUAUGGAAACUUUGAAUAGUUGUUUUAUAUGGAUUUUUAUUCACUUUUCAGACAUGAUACUAACGUGCCCCUCAGCUGCUGAGCAAGCAUUUGUAGCUUGUGCAUUUGGCAGAAUGGGCCAAAAACUGAUGUUGUGACCCAUUUUGAAAAUAAACGAUCUUGAAAUAAUUGGGCAUCAGGGAAUGUUUGCAAGUGUCCCUUAAAGAAGGCACACACUUCCUGCACAGGCUGCUGUAGUCACAGCCGAGAAGGACAAGGUGGAUGGGACAAGGCCACGCCCUCUACACAGCAUCCAUCUGCUUAGUCAGCCCUGCAUGUAUGCACUGGGCUGUGAAGUUGGUGCCCAGAGCCUGUGGGUGAGGAAUGUCAUCUGCCCAGAUACCCGAUGUCCUGGCCACAUCCCAGGGAGGGCAUCGGAAGCUCUUUGAACCUUGCCUGCAGAAACCCUGAAUGUUCCCCAACCCUUGGCUUCGCCUGCAGCACCACCUAGUAACAGCUGGAAGUAUCUAUCACACAGCACGUGGCAGUCAACUUCCUGUAAUAAAUUCAACAGCAGCAA